CGAAUCGGAUUCUCUCUCCUCUCUAGUAUACAAAAACCCUAGUCGUCGUUGGCUCUGUUACUCUCCGUCGUCUUUCAACCGCCGAUCAAACAGAUUUUGUGAUGGCAGCUAAGGCAUCAGCUUUAUCGACGGAAUACGGCGGAGUAAGUAACAUGGAGAAGUUUCUCUGCGAGCGAUUGUUGGACCAGUCGCAGCCAAUCUCAGAGCGAUUCAGAGCUCUCUUCUCUCUUCGCAACUUGAAAGGCCCUGGUCCUCGCAACGCUCUAAUCCUCGCAUCCAGAGAUUCAUCCAACUUGUUAGCACAUGAAGCUGCCUUUGCGUUGGGACAGAUGCAAGAUGCUGAAGCAGUUCCUGCUCUAGAGUCGGUUCUUAAUGAUAUGUCUUUGCAUCCUAUAGUGCGCCAUGAGGCAGCAGAAGCUCUUGGAGCUAUUGGUUUAGCGGGCAAUGCCGACAUUUUGAAGAAAAGCUUGAUCUUUGAUCCUGCUCAGGAGGUUCGGGAAACAUGUGAGUUAGCUCUCAAAAGGAUUGAAGAGCUGAGUAAUGUUGUUGAUGCGGAGACAAAGAGAUCACCUUUCAUGUCUGUUGACCCUGCGGCUCCAGCUGCUGCUUUCUCUUCCGUUCACCAAUUGAGGCAGAUUCUUAUGGAUGAAACAAAAGGCAUGUAUGAGAGAUAUGCUGCUCUUUUCUCUCUGAGGAAUCAUGGUGGAGAGGACGCUGUUUCUGCUAUUGUUGAUUCUUUGAGUGCUGAUAGUGCCCUUCUACGACAUGAGGUUGCUUAUGUCUUGGGGCAAUUACAAAACAAAGCUGCUUUAGAUACUCUAAGCAAAAUACUUAGAGAUGUGAAUGAGCACCCAAUGGUUAGACACGAGGCUGCAGAAGCGCUUGGUUCUAUUGCAGAUGAACAGAGCAUCGCAUUGCUACAGGAAUUCUCAAGGGACACUGAGCCGCUUGUUUCUCAAAGCUGUGAAGUUGCACUGAGCAUGUUGGAAUUUGAAAAUUCAGGCAAAUCAUUCGAGUUCUUUUUCACACAAGACCCGCUUGUUUGCUAAGAAUCGUAUCAUUCUUCUUCAAUCACUUGCCAACAAAGGAACACAAACUUUAGGAGCAAGCGAGAGAAAAGAAACUGCUACUUAGCAUCUCAUUUAUGUAACGAUUAUCAUAAGUCUCUGUAUUGAGUUUAAGGUUAAGAUACAUUGUCUUGAUCCGUAUGAAAACUUUCCAUUGUUAAAGAAAGGGAAUGAGUAAUUGCCAGAUACUUAACUUA